UUGCUUAAAUCUAAAUCUCUUCAGGGACCGCUCCAGAAGUAAUGGCUCAAUACAGUAAAAGCAAAAAUACCUCGUUGGGCCCAUUCAAAUAGAAAUUACACAAUUCGUCCCAAUAUCGAGAAAAAGGAAAAGAAGAACAGGCGAUUUAUUUGGGAAACGAGAAUCAAGAAGGAGAAGUGAAAGCAAGAUUGAAGGAUGCCUACCACUAGCAAUCGAAGUAGUAAAAAAAAUGCUUUGAUUUUGUUUAUGUCGUUUUUACUAUCACUGCCAUCAACUUCAACAGCUUACAGACCUGGAGACAUCGUUCCCAUGAGUGAAAUGGGUCAAUACCACUCGUCUAGAACUCUGUGGCAAGAUAUGAUUGGUAAACAUUGCCCUAUAUUUGGCGUUAAUCGUGAGGUCUUGAUCCCUAUACCUAAACCAACUGGUUAUACUGGUGCUGAUCCCUACAAAAUAUCAUUUCAAGUUGGACGAGAGAAGUUCCUGGUUCCUUGGCUUUUUCUUAUAAAUCGAAGAAGUUCUGAGGUUCCAAUGAUUGAUGUGCAUUUGAGGUAUUCUGGAAGUGAUCUGCAUGGGGUCACUGCCAAAGUCAUAGACAUGCCUCACCACUAUGUAGAACUCCACCCAAAUAUUCGUAAACAGUUCUGGGACCCUCAAGUUUGGCCUAAGCAUGUUCUUGUAAGAUACACAUGGGAGGAACAAUCAGACAUAGACGUAGCUUCUGGAUUUUAUGUCUUAUUUGGGUCAGGGUUGAUGCUGUCUUUCAUUCUCUCAAUCUAUAUCCUGCAGUCAUCAAAGGACAAAUUAGCAAGGUUUGUAAGGGAGACGGUUGCAGAAAGCAACAUUCCUGCUGGAGGAGUGGCAAAAGUUGAAUGAGGGAUUUUUAGGAGUUUCAAAACAUUUGCAUGCACACAUACAGGUUUUCUGAACUUGCAAGGUUUAAUUCAUUCAACCAGUAAUUCUUGAGAUCUGAAUAUUUAUACAGAAGUGAGUGUUGCGAGAUUCAAGUAUACUGGUCUUGAAGGAAACUUACAAAGAACUGAGAAGAAGACACAAGUUAGGGCAUUAAUAGAGUAGUUUGAUAAUUGCGAAAGAAUAAAACAUUGAGUAGGUCUAUGUGCGCAAGAAAUAGUUCACUUGCAGCAGGAAUUUACUGUGCAGCAGAGUUUGCUCAUUCAUUGAGCAUGUUUAGGAAAAGGAUUAUUUCAUAGUUUUCACUGGAUUGAAGUAACAUUAAUGGAUUCAGAUGUCAGAUUAGUUAUGUUUA